AUGACUCUUCGCGUCCUGCUGACCGGCGCAAACGGCUUCAUAGCCCAACACAUCCUCGCCCAGUUCCUCGCAGCAGGCCACUCCGUCCGCGCCGUCGUCCGCUCUCAGUCCUCCGUCGACCAGCUCCAAAAGACCUUCGCCUCCUACCCCUCCACGCAGCUCGACUUCGCCCUGGUGCCCGACAUCGCCGCCUCGGGUGCGUUUGACACCGUCCUCGUCUCCGACCAUGCGCCCUUCGAUGUCGUCCUCCACACGGCCUCGCCCUUCAACUUCCGCAAAGGCAACUCAAACGCCGACUUCCUCGACCCGGCCGUCAAGGGAACGACCGAGAUCUUGCACGGCGUGGUGCGCAAGGCACCGACCGUGAAGCGGGUCAUCGUCACGAGCUCGAUGGCCGCCGUGAUCGACAUUACCGCACCCCCCAUCUCCGACCCUCCUAAGAUUUACAGCGAGAAGGAUUGGCUCGGCGUCUCGAGGGAGGACGCAGAGGCGUCAACGCACCCGGCGAUACCCUACGUCGCCAGCAAGAAAUUCGCAGAAAAGGCGGCGUGGGCCUUCCUCUCCUCCGAACCGAAACCCGCCUUCGACCUCGUCACGAUCUGCCCGCCCAUCGUCUACGGACCCCUCUACGACGUCUCGGCGACGGCCUCCCCGCAGAACCUCAACGAGAGCAACCAUAUGCUCUACCAGAGCCUCUGCGGGCCGUCACUCACCAAGGAAUCGCCGGUCCCGCCCGAGAUACUGCACCUGUACGUCGACGUGCGGGACGUGGCGCGAGCGCACCUGCUGGCGGCGACGACGCCCGAGGCGGGCGGGAAGAGGUUCCUGGUGAGUCCCGGGGGCGUGUCGAAUCAGCGGCUGGCGAAUAUUUUAAGGGAGAAGCUACCGCAGUGGGAGGGGCGGAUACCAAAGGGGGACCCAGCUAAGGAGGCUCUAGCGGAGGGCAUGUUUGGGGUUGAUGCGUCGUUGGCGGAGAAGGUUCUUGGGAUGGAGUAUAGAAUGUUGGAGGAUACCAUUGGGGAUACUGCUGUGCAAUUUGUCGAGCUUGAGAAUCGGGCAAAGACUGCUUGA